AUGCGACACUUUACGAUUCCAGACCGGGCCACGGGCCUGCGGGAAGUGCCACGGUCCCAACUAGACCUCAGAACCGACCCGGAUAUCAUUGCAGAACUCAACACCUUCCGCCCCAUUACCUCCGAGAAGAAUGUCUGGGCAUUCUGGGACAAAGGGCUUGACGCCAUGUACCCGAGCUACAGAUGCACCGUUCUAAACUGGGUGCGCAAACUUGGCCCCAGUUGGACUGUUCGACUUGUCAACCUCAUCGAUGGCUCACCAAACAACGUCUACAACUUCAUCAGCAAGGAUUGGCUCCCGGAUUGCCUUGUCAACAUGACCAUGGACGGAGCUCACAAAGCCCAGCAUGCGUCAGAUCUCAUUCGGCUCCCGUUACUCUUCGAACAUGGUGGCGUAUGGAUGGAUGUCGGUAACAUGCUGCACACUCACCUCGACGAUCUGUUCUGGGACGCUCUUUUCGAUCCUAGCUCAUCGUACGAGAUUGGUCUCUGGAUCAUCACCGGUCAGAUCAGGAAGAAAUGGGGAAGCUUCGGCAACUUCAUGCUCGCCGCUAGGAAGGGGUCCAUCUUCAUCAAAAACUGGCACAACGGCUUCAAUGAGCUUUGGAGAGAUCGCACGAACGAACGCGGCUUCCACAAGCACCCACUAAUCCAAGAAAUCGGAAUCGCCGACGGCAUGGCUGACUGGAAUUUCGAAGAAAAGGUCCUGCAGAUGAGCGACUACGUUGCCCAGAUGCUCAUCGGCGACCGCACGAGGAAUCUCCUCGAUGUGGAGACUGGCUGGAAUGGACGCGACUUCUACGAGAGAAAGGCUUUCAUGGUGGAAGGCAUUAAUAACGGUAUUCUCGGGGCCAUGAAGACAAACUACGACGGCGCCAAGCAGAUCGAGAUCUUCACGACAAGACUGGAUGAACCGGACGAGGCGAGAAGGAAAGCGGCCGAGGAAUUUGUAAUUGACAUGCUUGAGAACAGCCACAUGUACAAGGUGUAUCAUAACUCAGCAGGUGGACUGCCUGCGCUGGGAGAUCUCAUCAAGAAGGAGGGAUUUCAGGAUGCAGAUCACAGACCAGGAACCUUUGGCGAGCUCUACAGAUAUGGAACGGUGCAUUGGCGGUCGACAAGGAAGGUUGAGCGGUUGAUACCUCCGCCAAGUGAGGAUGAGCUGAUUCGAGCUACCCCGACUACUUGUUCGGUGAUAGGUAGAUGA